GAAAAGGAAACGUAACGAUGUGCUCCCUCCCGUUAGAUAUAACGGUGGUCUCCGCCGACGCCAUAAAGGACGUUAACACCUUCACGAAAAUGGACGUGUUCGUCGUAGUUUCCGUCAUCAUCGGCUACCAAAAUACUAGAAACAUCACCCCCGUCCACAAGAACGCCGGCACGUCUCCGAGAUGGAAUCACCACAUGAGAUUCGUCGUCGACGAGGCCACCGUCAACAACCCCGGCGCCGGGUUCCUCCAUUUCCAGCUCGUAUCUGAGCGGACCUUCGGGAAUAAGGACAUCGGGGUGGUCAGAGUCCCCGUCGACGAUCUGUUUGCCAAAUGGUCCAAGGAUUCCGACGGCGCCGGGAGGGUGAUGGAAUUUGAGGUGAUUACCGCUCGGACGGAGAAGAAGAAGGGGACGCUGAAAUUUUCGUACAAAUUUGGGGAGAAGUUUACGCAGGGUGAGAAUUACGGGGUGGGGCAAUUUGCGGCGGCGUAUCCUCCGCCGGAAGCGGCCAGGGCGGGGUCCAGUGUGCCAUACGCGCCACCUCCCGGUAUGGGAUACGACGCGCCACCGGGAGCGGCGGGAGGGUACCCAGCGGCGGGAUAUGGUGGGUAUUCCCAAAUGGGGCCGGGGGUGGCUUGCCCACCGCAACCUGGGUACGGAUAUCCGCCGCCGCCGACUCAUGGGUACGGUUAUCCGCCACCUCCCGGCGCCGGGUACGGCGGAUAUCAACCCGUGCAGCAGCAGGAGGCGCCUAAAAAGAGCAAGUUUGGAUUGGGAGGCGCGGCGGGGCUAGGGUUGGGAGCAGGGCUACUAGGAGGAUUGGUGGUCGGAGAUAUGAUGUCCAACGCCGGAGAAAUGGCGGCCUACGACGAAGGCUACUCGGAGGGGGUUGGGGAUAUGGGCGGCUAUGAUUUCUAAAACCUUUAAUUUGCUAUUUUAACUUCUAUAAUUUGUUAUAUUUCUAUUAUUAUUUAUAUUUUAUUUAUGAUAUAGGUUAUAUUUGAAGAAUCUUGAGAACACUUUUACUACAUUAUUAUUACCGCGUCUGAAUUGAAUCAUGAACGAAGGAACAAGCAUCCAACAUUUUUGGUUGCUUCUAUUGUACUC